AUGGCAGCUCAUCUCUCGCAAGACAAUGGCUUAAAACCAUCUUCCUAUACUGGCACAUCUCUCGCAAAUCUCCCCAAAUCAUGGACAUUUACAUCUUCGCUCCCUCCCGAUCCUCUCUUCCCAACACCUGCCGCAUCGCACAACACCGCUCGCGAUGAAAUUGGACCUCGGCAGGUGAAGGGCGCAUUAUUUACUUGGGUUCGACCUGAAGAAUCGAAAGAUCCCGAACUUCUCGCUGUAAGUUCUACCGCGAUGAAAGACCUGGGCAUUAAGGAAGGAGAACAACAUACAGAGGACUUUAAACAAACAGUUGCAGGUAACAUAAUCUUGGGAUGGAAUGCAGAGAAACAGGAGGGUGGAUAUCCAUGGGCGCAAUGUUAUGGUGGGUGGCAAUUCGGUUCCUGGGCAGGUCAACUUGGGGAUGGGAGGGCGAUAUCUUUAUUCGAGACUACGAAUCCGAGUAGUAACAUCCGAUAUGAGUUACAGUUGAAGGGUGCAGGAUUAACGCCUUACUCGAGAUUUGCAGACGGGAAAGCCGUGUUGAGAUCAAGUAUAAGGGAAUUCAUUGUCUCAGAGGCCUUGAACGGUUUAAAAAUACCUACCACGAGAGCUCUGUCUUUGACUCUUCUACCGCAUUCGAAAGUAAGGAGAGAAACACUCGAACCCGGGGCUAUCGUAGCAAGAUUCGCCGAGUCUUGGUUACGCAUUGGGACAUUCGAUAUAUUACGGGCUCGUGGAGAGAGAGUCUUGAUUAGACAGCUUUGUACAUAUAUUGCGGAGAAUGUGUUUGAAGGAUGGAAAUCACUACCUGCGAGGAACCCUGCAGAUGACGGGAAAGCAGAAACAAUUGAAAGAGGAGUAUCCGAAGAUACAAUUGAAGGUCCAGCUGGUUUCGAAGAGAACCGUUUUACUCGUCUGUAUCGCGAAAUUGUGCGUCGUAAUGCGAAAACCGUUGCGGCGUGGCAAGCAUAUGCUUUCACCAAUGGUGUCCUCAAUACGGACAAUACGUCCAUCUUUGGUUUAUCCAUAGACUUCGGACCGUUCGCCUUCCUCGAUAAUUUCGACCCUCACUAUACUUCCAAUCACGACGAUCAUAUGCUACGCUAUUCUUACCGCAAUCAACCCACCAUCAUCUGGUGGAAUCUUGUCCGUCUUGGUGAAUCACUUGGCGAACUCAUGGGCGCGGGAGCGAACGUCGACUCUCCAGAAUUUAUCGAGAAAGGUGUCCGCCAAGAAGCCGCCGACGAGCUUGUCUCCCGCGCAGAAGCCCUAAUUACUCGCAUUGGCGAAGAAUAUAAAGCUACCUUUUUAGCGGAAUACAAGCGUCUCAUGAGCGCUCGUCUGGGACUCAAAACAUUCAAAGAGUCAGAUUUCGACACCCUUUACAGCGAACUUCUCGAUACAAUGGAAACCCUAGAAUUAGACUUCAACCAAUUUUUCCGCAAACUCUCCUCCAUUCCCAUCUCCUCCCUCGCCACCACCUCCUCCCGCAAGGAAAUUUCCACUCAAUUUCUUCACCACGAAGGUGUAACUGGUCUCAACAAUACCCUAGACUCCGCCACAUCUCGUCUCAGCGACUGGCUUUCCAAAUGGCAAGGGAGAAUAUACGAAGAUUGGGGACCAGAUGGCGAUGACGAGAACCGCAUGAUGGAGAUGAAGAAAGUAAAUCCGAAAUUUAUCCCCAAGGGAUGGGUUCUGGAUGAAAUCAUCAAGAGAGUGGAUAAAGGUGGUGAGAGAGAUGUGCUCAAUAGGGUGAUGAAGAUGGUGAGUGAUCCUUUCAGAGAGAGUUGGGAUGGGGAUAGGGAAGAGGAGGAGAGGUGGUGUGGGGAUGUUCCUAGAGGGGAUAGGGCUAUGCAAUGUAGUUGUUCUUCGUGA